AUGUUCUCUGCUCUAGGUCUCUUCAAAAAUGUUGAAUGUCCUCGGCGGUAUGAGUGCAGCCUCCCCCGCUGUAUUUUCUUGCACGCUGUCGCAAGGGAAGCGUCGGAAGCCAACCUUUCUAUCACACCGCCGCAAGAAUAUGACCCGUUCAGUGCCGGCGAAGUCCACUCUCCACCGGCCAAAAGACGUCGACUGGACUCUCCCGCACUCCGUCAAGAUGUCGAGCUUCUAGUGAGUGCGGCAGCCACCAGAAACGAGGUGGACCGACCCAGAACCUCCAGUGAUAGAAAUCACUCAACUGUACCAGAUGGCAAGUCAUGCGCCCAGGGGAGCAUCAAAGCAAGGUUUGAGCCCUUACAGGCUCGUCCUACCUCUACGACUAGACAGACGCCGGCUUCAGUUACGAGGACUGUCUCACCCCCGCCGAUGAAGGAUGAUAAAACUACGAUCCAGAAAGUGGAAAAGAAACGUCCUAGCAAGAAUGAGUCGUUGACACCUCGAAAUGUACCGAAAGCACCGGCCGUGCUGAAGACGAGGUUUGCGUUGCUCCAAAAGUUACACGAGCAGAUGAAGAUACAGAAUUCCAGGCUUGCUGCCCUGAAAGAUCGGCGAGCGGUUCUUACUUUGAGCGAUCAGGAACUGGUCACCUUCUCGCUCGACGAGGAGGAGGCGGCUACUAAAUUAGGGGAGAACAUCUACAAGAAUGCAUUGGCUCAAAAGGUGCUCCGUAUCAAAAAGAUGUCCACGGACGAAUGGGUCAAGACAGUGGAGGAGUGGACUGGAGCAGCCUCACCAGAAGUAUCUCAAGCCAACGAGAAACAGGUCCACGAGACAACUAUUUCAACUGGCCUGGCUACUUUCGACGAGCAAAUUGCAAUUCUGAAGCAUUUACGUACACCCCUCGAAGGCCUGGAACAAUUCGGAUAUGUGACGACUAAACCCACAGAAAAAGAGAUCGCCAUGACAAAGGCAGCGGUUGCGGCUACUGGGGGAUUUGAGACUUGCGACAGAUGCAGCACUCGAUUCCAAGUUUUCCUUGGACGAGAUGAACACGGACGGCUUACUAGCAACGGCAAGUGUCGAUAUCACUGGGCUAAACCGUCCCGUGCAGGGGUUUCAAAGGCUACCCGAGUAGUCGGUCAAUCGGAAGCGGUCUAUCCUUGCUGCAACAAGUCUCAAGGUAGUGAGGGCUGCUCAGAAGCUCCUACUCACGUGUUUACUGUGAAGGAUCCAAAGAGACUUGCCAGCAUCUUGCAAUUCGAGCAUACCCCCAACAAAACCGAUGUUCAGCGGAGACGUCCUGUGUCUUUCGAUUGUGAAAUGGGCUAUACUACUCUUGGGAUGGAAGUAAUUCGGCUAACAGCGGUUGCUUGGCCUACAAACGAACUCCUACUUGACAUUCUCGUUCGUCCGUACGGUGAAAUCCUGGACCUGAACACCAGGUUCUCAGGGGUUACACCGCAGGACUUUGCCAAUGCUCCGUCGUAUAACACCGCUAUGGUGGACGGCGAUUUAGCCUCAACCGAUGGAAAAGGACAUGUUCUCCGCAAAGUGGACUCACCAGCAGCAGCGAGAGAACUGUUGUUCGAAUAUCUGAGCGACGAGACACCUUUGAUUGGCCACUCCAUCGAGAAUGAUCUGAACGUGUGCCGAAUCAUCCACCCCUUUGUGAUAGACACGGUUCUGUUGUACCCUCAUCCUCGUGGCCUACCUAUCAGAUAUGGACUCAGGAUGUUGAGCCAGAAGUAUCUGUCGAGGUCCAUUCAGGCAGCAGGAGAAGCGGGUCAUGACUCCAAAGAAGAUGCUGUUGCGACAGGAGACCUGGUCACGAUGAAAGUGGCCGAGAAAUGGGGUAACAUGCGACGACAAGGAUGGAGUUUUGUCAAUGGAAUGCUCACAGCACCUGAUGAAGUUGAUGCGGGAGGUCAUGUCAAGGACGGAAUAUAA